GGUGCCGCUGUCCUCCCCUGGUGGCCUUGCUGUCCCUGUCGCUCAGUCCCCAUGGAGUCGCGGGGGCGGCGGUUGCUCCCCCUCCUGCUCCUGCUCCUGCUCCCGGACACCGCUGCAGGGAAAGCCCGACCCAGGAGGAGCUUCAUUGAAUUGGCCAAAGCCAUACAGUGCAGCACGGACAACUCCCCUCUGAAUUAUGUGAACUACGGGUGCUACUGUGGUUUAGGAGGAAGUGGUUGGCCCCAGGACAAAACCGACUGGUGCUGUCAUAGUCAUGACUGCUGUUAUGGCCAGGCCGAGGCUAAAGGUUGCAACCCCAUAUUGGAGCCGUACAACUUCAUGUGCAAAGACAGGAAGGUAAACUGUGACUCGCUGGAAGAUAGAUGCCAAAAAAUGAUGUGCAAGUGUGACAGUGAAGCUGUCAAGUGUUGGGCCAAAGUCAAAUUGAACCGAAAGUAUGAAUUCUUCCCCCAGUAUACAUGUGGAAAGAAGCAACCCUCGUGCAAGGCAGACAAGAACAAACUCACCGUCUCAGAUAAAUAUUGAAAUGCAAAAAUAAAAAUUAUUUUCACGGAG